UUGAUCAGGAAUUAAAUCACAAGAUUUUUCCUAGAAAAUUUUAAUUUAAAUUACCCAGAAAACAUUACUUUUAUCUGUAAAAUCGUCAUCUGGCACAAUGGCUACGCCAUCCCAGUGGACGACAGAGGAAUCCCUGCUUUUGAUCCGGAAGCGGCUGGAACUCUAUGCUGAAGGUCGCACCGAAAGAGUGUACGAACGAAUCUCCAACUAUCUGGCCGAGGAGCACAAUAUUUAUAAAAAUGCUGCAUCUUGCACGUCACGUUACAAUAAUUUGCUUAGAUUAUACCGAGUAUCCGUGCUGCGACUAAAAGCCGGUGAGAAAAAAACUCCACCAACUCCGUAUUUCUAUGCUUUUGACGAGUACUUCGGCCCUGGCGGCAAAGGAGAACAGGCCAACAUUUGCAAAACUGAAAUAGUGCUUUCCAGCGAUAGUUGUUCCGAAGAUGAUGACAGUGACUAUGUUGUGGAUAUUACGGAAGAAUGUCGAAGCCCGAUGCGAAAUGAAACGUCUCACCAAGAAAAAAAUGAAACGGAAACAGUACAUUUGCAGGUUCCUAAAGACAACGAUGCAAACAAAACGAGCAUCCAAUCACAACAUCCCCACACUACGCUCGACUGUUCUCAAACGGCAAACCACGAUCUCAAGAAUAAGCUCAUGGAGCAAAAGCUCUUGUACUACACCAACCAGAACAAGCUGCUUCAAAUGAAGCAGGACCAUUACAGACAGAAAGAGGAGGAUCGAGUUCAGAAUAAGCAGAUUUCCUCGGAAAUACUGACAGUGCUGAAAGAUAUCCGUAGCUUCCUGAAAAACUGCCCAAAAAUCUCGGAAAAAAACAUUUUGGAUCCAAGCCACGUUGAAAGCCGAAAACCAAACGCAAGCGAAAAUCCCCCCAACUUAUUGCCGGUAGAAAUUGAACCAGAACCUCAGAAGCUAGUUUCUCCAGAAAUAGAAACAGAAGCAGAACCCACAUUGAACGGAGAAGUGAAACAAGAACCUAUGGCUCUACUUCUCAACGACUCAGGAAUGGAACCGGUUUUUGAAGAAACCGUUUCUAAGAAUCAACAAGAGAUGAAUGUUGAAGAAGAAAAUAUCAAAGAAGAGAUUAAAAUUAGAAAACUUAUAGGAGUUCGUUCAUCACUGAGGGAACGAAAGCAUGUUUUCCCAGCCUGGAAUCGAAUAGAGACGGUCCUGUUGAUAAAAAUCUACUACAAUCUCAAGUCCAUGUGCCGUGGAAGGCAGUUGUUCAGCUCGAUUUCAAACAAAUUGAUGGAACUCAACAUACAAAGACAUCCUCGCGAUUGUUCGCUCAAAUGGAAAACAUUGAUUCGAAGCUACCGGGAGGCUCGAGCAAACCCUUCGGAGCGGAUCCGGUUCGAGUACUUCGACGACAUUGAUGCACAUUUUAAAAAGGUCCAGAGCGAGGAAGUGAAGACUGUUUUUAGUAAGUAUAGAUAAUUUUGUCACGACUGAAUAUUUUUUAAGGAGAAUAUAUAUCUGAAAUACAACUUCUGAAUUUUUAUAGAA